AAGGCUUGCUCUAAAUGCAAACACAUCGCGUAUUGCAGCACGGAGUGUCAAACGGCGGACUGACCAGCGCACAAAGCUCUGUGUCAGUCCAUGGUCAAACGAUCCCAGAGCCUUCAAGGCAACGAUCCUGAAGCCAUCUGCAAACUAUGCGACUGGAUCGAAGUCCAUACUCUAUCGCUUCAUCAGGCUACUCACGCCGCCAUCUGUGACCAUCAGCCCAGCGACACGACGGAAGGAUUCGACUGCAAGGCGUUCUACAUGCUCUUCCAGCUCACUGAUCGACCUGACGCUGACGGUGACCCGAGCAAGCUCUAUCGUCUAGAGGGAGCGGGUCUGAGACCUAUCGCAGAGCUCUGCGCAGACUCGGAGACGACUCCGCAAGGAGUAGUAGAGAAUCAGAGUGGUGAAGGAGGAGAUGCUGACCCUGACCCUUCCGGCAAUGCCGCGAUCCGACGCAACUUCAUCGACUCCUUGGACAUUUACGAUGCCAAGGAGCGAGCGACUUUGCCGCCACACAAGAUCCCAUGUUACGUCGGCACUAUCGCCUGCUGCUACCAGAUCCUCACGCAACGCAACAUGUCCGUCAUGGCGUGCUACCACCUCACGGAUGACAAGGACUUCUUCGAAGCUGUGGAGCGUGGGGUCAUCCCCGGCAUGGCGAACAUCCCUCCUGCGAGGCAUGACUUAUGGUUCGCGAGGUUGCAGGAUAGGCUCGAGUUGGGGCAUUGUUUUGGGCCGGAGUUGAGUGUUCCGAUGAAGCUUAUGCAGGAGUUGGGUAAGAUGGUGAGGAGGCGGCCGGGAGGGAAGUGGACUUGGGAGAUGUUGACGCCCGAAGAGUCGUUGAUGUACGGGUAUCAGUUUAUCGUCUGUGGGCUCUUGUAUUGAAGGUGAGUGGAACGGUUUGGGAACAUCUCAAUGAUUGCUGAUGAUGUGAUCCAUUCAUCCGCCAGGAACGCGGACUCGGGGCUGAUGAUCUGUGAGUCCGAUGUCGAUUUCUUCGUGUAUGAUCAACGUUGGUUGUUUCUGCUUGUUGUUGCCUUGUGCUCUCGGUGCUAUUUGCACUUCAUGUACUUUCUUGGAUUGUUGUGUACAUCUUUCUCUGGCAUGAUGUGCAUCAGAUGUUUGGCCAGAUCUAAC